AAAUAUCAUACGUGUUACACACACAACUUUAUUGGCUACCACAACUCAUGAAUAGUUCAAGCUGUUCAAGUCCAUUUGGCUCCAGAAAGUGGGACCAUUUUCGGAACCAGAUAUAUGUAUAUGCGUCUGCGGCAUGUAUCUAGGUGAAUGAGGCUACCUAUAUAUUUACCCAGCCUACCAAUUUUUGGCAAAAGACGAGGAGCGCACUUCAAUUUGACACUACUAUCGAUCAGGCUUUCGCCCGACAGCAGCCCUUUCACUGUCAAAUAGUGCUGAUGGACAUUGGACAAUUGGACUCCAGGGAAUGGUACAUAAUGGAGUGGCUAGCUUUGCACGCAAGGAAUGGACGCUUAAAUACUUAAACACCACAAUGACCACCCAUUUAAAGCAUAUACCAAUAUAUACAUGUCAAGAGAGAGGUAGAGAUGACCCAUAUUUUACUUUGACGACACACAUUCAGUCAAGUUUGAACCUCCGAUGAGAGCAAAUAUAUCUCAUACAAUAUCGGAAAUUGUGCGUACAAGCCCGUGCGAAUAAUGACGAUGAGUGACUCCAAUAAAUCCUCAGGAUCUGACGACGAGGACGACGCAGCAGCAUCAAACCCUCAUGUCGAACCUUCCAUUAGUGGCGAUUCACCAAAAAUCCAUCGUGCCACCCUCAACUUGACGACAGCAGAGGCUCAAAAGUUCAUCUCGGAGCAGUUGCAACGCCACGUGGAGGUGACCAUCACGACUGCACUGGAGAAAGCCCUGAGUCAAAUGGAGAGCAGGAGGACACUGCAGAGGGAGGAGGUGUCUGCUGGUGGGGUGACAUCGGACAAGCAUGGUGACACGAUACAGAACGCUCGGUGUAGCCGAAGCCACUCCACUCCAGCCCCCGUGAAAAGACCACAAAUCAGUUCUACAGGAACGGUGGAGAGCAGCAGUGGGGGCAGCGAUGAUGAGGGUACUGAUGACCAGGAAGGAGGAGGAAAGUCAUCCUGCCCAAGUGCCAAAGAACCCAUCGCCCUCGUUCUUCUCUCGGCUCAAAUCAGCCUCAUCGUCAUGUUUGGAUUCUUGGUGAAAUAUGACGAAGGAGAGGAACACCAUUAUGGGAAUAAUGAGACGACGACGACGACGACGACGGAGACUACAACAGGUCCCCCCUCCACUUUCAAGCAGAACAGUACACGGAUGCCGAACAUGGUGUCUCAGUACUACCAGCAGUACCAGGACAUUCAGGUGAUGGUUUUUCUGGGCAUCGGAGUUCUCAUGGCGUUCAUCAGGAAAUAUGGAUACUCGGCAAUCGGGUUCACUAUGCUUGCUGGAGCCUUAGCUGUGCAGUGGUCUAUUUUGGUGCGAGGCCUCAUCUUUAACGGUCCAAACCCCAUUCCGCUCAACAUUGUCAGCCUUAUUUACGGGGAUUUUGCGGCCGCAGUGGUGCUGAUAUCGUACGGAGUGGUCAUUGGAGUGGCCUCUCCUCUUCAAUUGGUCUUCAUGACGUUUGCUGAAAUUCUCUUCUACAUCGUCAACAAGUACAUUGGCGCCAUGAUUUUCCAAGCUGUGGACACCGGCGGCUCCAUAUUCGUCCACGUGUUUGCUGCCUAUUUUGGUCUCGGGGUCAGCAGAGGCAUGCGGUCAGUCGCAGACAUCAACACUACCCACUUGGAGCCCUCCUACAACUCAAACAUCUUUUGUCUCGUUGCCGUCGUGUUUUUGUGGCUGUUCUGGCCGAGCUUCAACAGCGCCCUGUCAACCGGGAUGGACCAAGACCGAGUGGUCAUCAACACGAUGCUCUCACUUUUUGGCUCCUGCGUCACGGCCUUUGCCACUUCAGCCCUGUUCAACGGGAACAAGUUUGUCCUGGCACACGUCCAGAACGCCUCCUUGGCCGGAGGAGUGGCCGUGGGGGCCGUGGUGGACCUCAUGAUUCUUCCCUGUGGCGCCCUCACCAUUGGAGUAUUGGGAGGAUUUCUUUGUGUUUUUGGCUGCCAGUUCAUCUCGCCUCUGCUGAGUCGGAAAUUAGGUUUGCAUGAUUCAUGCGGCGUUCACAAUUUGCACGGCCUCCCCGGAGUUCUGGCUGCCUUGGCGAGCGUGCUACUUGCCGCACUUGCCUCCGAGUGUGACUACGGUCCAAACUUGUACCUCCGCUACCCUGCCCGUGCACCUCUAGCCAUGUCCCCCAGGCUGGCCGAACUGCAGGCGCUUUCUCCCAACAUUGCUGCCGGGGUGAAUCGGACGGGGAUGGGUCAAGCCAUGGUCCAGCUGACCGUGCUGGGCAUAACAUUGGGCGUUUCCAUCGUGGCUGGAGCAUUUACAGGCCUGCUCAUGCGACUCCCCAUUUUCCGAAAAAUGCCCAGGAGUCAAUGCUUCCUGGAUGGCGUCUACUUUGAGAUGGAGCCCGAGGAGGUCACCCUUGUGAAACGGGAAAAGAAGACAAUCGAUCAGAAGUUGUCGAAUAAGGUCAUCCCCAAGAAUUCCAUCAAUCCGGUUCCUGCAUUCGUCAACGGGCGUGACGGAACGACGACCAACGCAUCACCUCCUCCAGAUCGGCGAAAAUUUAAAAAAUAUGAACUCUGAAUAAUUAUUAUUAGGCUUUUACAACCGGUUAAGU